AUGCCAGUGUAUCUGCUACAUGGCUUCCGCUGGCCACGACCGCUUGUUCGAAUACAUAUCAUUUUGAAGAAUUUGGACGAUGCGGCUGCAGAAUGGUUGGUUGCGCCUGGUACGACAAAAGCGCUUCUCGACAACUUUCAAGAGCUAUUCCCAGAAUGUAUGACACACCUCCCGGACCUACGGUUCGUGGAGCAGUACGAUCCCAACGAUAUCUCCUCGAGCGCAUCUAGCCAACCAUACGCAUACGUUGCCGAUAUAUGCGAAGAGGUCAAACUGGGCAUAGAUAUCGAUGAGUUCCGCGCAAAAGGGGUUGGGAACGAGCAAUGGUCUGCUCUCUGCGAGCUACGAGACAAGAUUGCGCCAGAAGAGAAAGUGGGCUGGUAUGUCGUUGUCUGUGGUGACGAAGAUCGAUGGGCUCCUCCC